AUGUUAUCAUCUUUAACUAACAUCCUGCCAUUUGACAUAAACAACGCCACCGACAACACCUUAUGUUCAACUAUUCUCAGGGUUUUACGAGUGCAGAAACGAAAAACAUCGCGUCGCUCCUGUCCGGAUGGGCUACAUUUUGACAUCGGAAAUCAUCCAUACGGAUGUGAAGAGCCUGAAUAUGCCACAUGUGCUCGUUGCCCGGAGUCCAGUCACUGGACCAGUUGUAACGGAAAUUGUCGCCCUACCUGUGAUGAUCCGAAUCCAGUUUGUCCCAAGAUCUGCCGCCCAGGAUGUAAAUGUAAUCAAGGCUACGUGUGGUAUGGCGAGAAAUGCAUCGCGGAACACGCGUGUCGUUACAAACCAAGUGGUGGGCAAGGAGCAUGCCCAGAAAACUCUCACUGGAACACGUGUGGUGACCUCUGUGUUGGUACCUGUGAUAACCCGAGGCCACCCUGCCCGAGGAUCUGCGCUGAGCCAGCCUGCGCCUGUAAUGAUGGCUACGUCUCGCACAACGGCAAGUGUAUCCCAGAAAGCCAGUGCCCAAAGCAACUUGGGCGUGAGAGUGUUCCCGAGUGCAAGUAUGGCGCCUACUACAACUCAGCGACAGGGCAGUGUGUGUGUGACCAGGCUUGUGAUCGUAAACUCCAUCGGGUCUGCGGCUCAGACGGACAAAUAUACAAUAACCCAUGCCUCCUGGAGGUGGCCGCGUGUGUGAAUCAACAGGACAUCCGCAUCAUUGGCGAACCACCUUGCCCCUCUUCAGGACAAGUCUAGAGGGAAAAGUAACAAGAGCAGACACAGAUGCAUCGUCCACUACCACUGAACGCGACUCUCAUCAGCUGGGCAUAAUUUUCAUCAGCAUCUGUAUGUUCAUAGGCUUUGUCAUUAUCUUAAUCAACAUCUGUAUGUUUAUACAACUGAAUAGGUAUAGGUUUUUAUGAUUAGAUGGUGA